ACGUGAUUGAUAUUGCGUCACUGCUGCCUGAAAACAAAUCAGACCGAUCACCGUCGGCACGUCCACAAACGAACCAGAACGGAACCAGAUGGAUGCGUGUACACCCUGAAAGCGCCCCCGCUUGCCGAAGUGGACUCGAUUGGCGCCUGAAGGUUAGAAACCCCCCAGCGCAAAUUUGGACGCCGUCCAAAGCGGCCUAACUUCGCUCAAUUUUCCCUUCCGAAAUGGCCGACGCGGACGUUUCCUUCUCCCCCGCCCUGCGUCUGCUGCACCUAAGCCCCGCCCACUCCCCCCCCGCCUUGGCCCCCGCCCCCUUGUCCCUGUCGCCCACCAGCUUCUCGUGCCCCUCGUCCCCCUCCAGCGCCUCGUCGUCCUCGUCGAGCUGCUCCGGGAGUUCGUCGGACUGCCCGUCUCGCCGGCGCCACCACCACCACCGCCACCCGCAGCCCCGCCCACAGCCGCCCCUGCCGCCGCCCUCCCCGGACGAGCGCCCGUCGUCGCCCAGCGCCAGCCCCCGCAGCUCCAGCCCCAGCGGCAGCGUGGCCAGCAGCAGCGGCAGCCUGAGCAGCGACGCCGACCCGGCGCCGGACGCCGAGGAGGGGGCGGAGCAAGGUGGAGUGAUUGACGCUGAGGUGGCGCUGAAGGCCUGCAAGGAAGUUCUGCUCCAAGUCCAAAUGCAGAAGCAGGAAGGCGCCAUCAAAGAGGAAGAGGAGGAGGGGGAGGGGCCUCCGCCGUCCAAUCGGUCGUCGUGGCUCCUGCGCCUGUUCGAGUCCAAGCUGUUCGACGUGUCCAUGGCGGUGGCGUACCUGUUCAAGUCCAAGGAGCCCGGCGUGCAGGCGUACAUCGGGAACCGCCUCUUCGGCUUCCCCGCCGGCGAGGUGGACUUUUACCUGCCGCAGCUGCUCAGCAUGUACGUGCACAUGGACGGCGAGGUGGGCGACGCCAUCAAGCCCUACCUGGUGCAUCGUUGCGGGGGCAGCAUCGUCUUCUCUUUACUGUGCGCGUGGCUGCUGGGCGCCUACUCAUCCGACAUGCACAUCUCGGCCCAGCGGCAUUCCCGAGGAGCCAAACUCCGCAAACUCAUUCUCUCCGACGAGCUCCGGCCCCCCUCCGCCGCCGCCGCCCGGGGCUCCGCCCCCCCGCGGACGCCCUCGCCGUCACGCCCCCGGACCCACCGCGGCGGCCGCGCCGACGCCUCCCGGUCGCCUUGCGCGUCCCCCUCGCGGAGGACCCACCAGCGGUCCAAGUCGGACGCCGCCGCGCCGAGCGGGUCGGGCGCCGCCCUGCGCAGGACGGGAAGUAACCCCAAAGUGGAGGCUGUCCACGAGGAGCCGGAGCGUCUGCGUCCUCAGCGCGAGCUGGUCAAGUCCCUGCUGGCCAUCGGUCGCCGCCUGGCGUCGCUCCCCGGCAAGGAGCAGAAGACGCAGCGUCUGAUCUCGGAGCUGUCGCUGCUCAACCACAAACUUCCCGCCAGGGUUUGGCUCCCCACCGCCGACUUCCAGCACCACCUGGUCCGGAUCCCGCACACGCAGGCGGCCGUGCUCAACUCCAAGGACAAGGCUCCGUACAUCAUCUACGUGGAGGUGCUGGAGUGCGACAACUUUGAGACGUCGGCCGUGCCCGCUCGCAUCCACGAGACCCGGAUCCGCUCGGCGGGCUCCGCCGACAACCUGGACUGCGGCGUCACGGCGGCGCACCCCGCCGGCGGGAGCGUCUCCGCCGUCCACAACUACGACAACGACGACGACGCCUGGGCCACGGACGACAUCGGCCAGCUGGAGGUGGAGGUUCAGACGAGCAGCAGUGACAACCUGAGUCAGUUUUCCGUGGACAGCCUGACCAGCGUGGAGAGCAGGGAGGUAUUCGUCGCCGCCGGAGACAUCAGGCGCCGCUUGUCGGAGAACCUCGCGCACACGCCCACUUCCUUCCGAAAGGACCCCGAGGACCCGUCGGCCGUCGCCCUCAAAGAGCCCUGGGGGGAGAAAGUCAGGCGCAUCCGCGAGGCGUCCCCGUACGGCCACCUCCCCAGCUGGCGCCUCCUCCCCGUCAUCGUCAAGUGCGGAGACGACCUGAGACAAGAGCUUCUGGCCUAUCAGGUGCUCACGCAGCUGCAGGCCAUCUGGCGGCAGGAGCGACUCCCUCUGUGGAUCAAACCCUACAAGAUCCUGGUGAUGUCGGCGGACAGCGGCAUGAUCGAACCCGUCCUCAACGCCGUGUCGCUGCACCAGGUGCGCAAGCAGAGUCAGCUGUCGCUGCUGGACUACUUCCUGCAGGAACACGGCAGCUGCACCACCGAACAGUUCCUGAGCGCUCAGAGGAAUUUUGUGCAGAGCUGCGCCGGCUACAGCCUCGUUUCUUACCUCCUGCAGGUCAAAGACAGACACAACGGCAACAUCCUGGUGGACUCGGAGGGUCACAUCAUCCACAUCGACUUCGGCUUCAUCCUGUCCAGCUCCCCUCGCAAUCUCGGCUUCGAGACGUCCGCCUUCAAGCUCACCCCGGAGUUUGUGGACGUGAUGGGCGGCCUGGACGGGGACAUGUUUGUGUACUACAAGAUGCUGAUGCUCCAGGGAAUGAUCGCGGCCAGGAAGCACAUGGACAAGGUGCUGCACAUCGUGGAGAUCAUGCAGCAAGGUAGAUCCGUGCGGACCGCCAAAGACCCUGCCGGGUGGGUGUCGCGGUUUUGGCGAGGUUUGCGGUUUUUAUUUUGCGCAGGGUCGCAGCUGGCGUGCUUCCAGGGCGCCGGGACCAUCCGAGGCCUGAAGGACCGCUUCCACAUGAGCCUGACGGAGGAGCAGCUGCAGCUGCUGCUGGAGCAGCUGGUGGACGGCUCGGUGCGCUCCAUCACCACCAAGCUCUACGACUCCUUCCAGUACGUCACCAACGGGAUCAUGUGACUCCCGUCGCCACCAGGGGGGGUUGUUCGCCCGUUCCACUCCCCGUUUCUCCGCAGCUCAAACUUCUUCUUCUGCUGUUUCCUAUUCCGCUUUGUUUCUUCAUCUUUCCGUUUGUCUAUUUUCUGCUUAAUCCGCUUUCAGAUUACCCUCGAUCCACUUCAACUGCCUUAUUUUCCGCCAGCGCUAGCCUAGCUUCUUUUUUAUUAGCUUUAGCAUUGACGCUAACCUUGCGCACAGGACAAAUGCUGAAUGUUCCGUUUCGUCGUUCUCUUCCAGUCGGAAAAAAAAACCCAGCACGACGAGUCGCGAGGGGAACGCUAACGUGCUGACAUUAGCACGCCGACGGAAUCCGCGGUUUUUUGUUUACACGUCGAACGAAAGGUCCGUUUGGAAUUUCACGCUGACGUAGCGUUUUUUUUUUUUUUUAAACAAGCAUUUUUUAAUCGCGUAAAAGGAACAUUUUUUUUUUUUUUUUGUCGACUCUGUAAGAACACGCGCGCGAAGUUUACACUACAUGCCGUCUCGCUGCCGAUUGGCUGACACGACAUUCCUGCGGUUGACUCCGGCCAAUCGGGCGGCCUGUUUACGUUUGGUUUGUACGACUGCUCGAGGGGGACCUGAUUGAAGACACUUUACGUGAGCUCACACCUUUGUAUCGCUAGCGAGGAGCU